AUGGCAACAGCAGCAAUGAACGGACACAACAGCAGGGCACCCAAGCUCUUCGGCAGGGAAAGGACGCUCCACGCUGCCCUCGGUGGACGCAGAGCCGCGGACAUCAUCCUGUGGAGGGACAGGAAGGCGUCGGCGUCCAUCCUCGCCGCGGCGACGGCGGCGUGGGGCCUGUUCGAGGUGGCGGAGUACCAUCUCCUCACGGUGGUCUGCUACGUCGCCAUGAUCGGCAUGCUCGUCUUCUUCAUAUGGACCAACGCUUCUACCUUCUUCAACCUGCCGGUUCCCAGAAUCCCUGAUACUCUGGUGUCGGAGAGGGCGAGCAGGCAAGCGGUCCAAGACGUGCACCGCAGGCUGACCAGGUUGGUGGAGAAGCUGCACGACGUCGCUUGCGGCAAGGACAUCAAGAUGUUCAUCCUGACGGUGCUCUCGCUGUACAUGGCGUCGGUGAUCGCGGACUGCUUCAGCUCCCUGACGCUCCUCUUCCUCGUGGUGCUGGGCACGAUGACGCUGCCUGCGCUGUACGAGCGGUACGAGAGCGAGGUGGACCACCUGGUGGCCAGAGGCGUGCACGACCUGCGGACCCACUUCGCCGACAUGGACUCGGGCGUUCUCAGGAAGAUCCCGAGAGGCACAGGCGCUGCAGCCAAGUGA